AUUGGAUAGAGAUAACAGACCGUGGCAGCAGACAUUUCUACCACCACCACCAUAUUCCUUUCAUCUUUCCUUUUGCAGAUUCUUUAUAGCUUAGUUUUAGUGUUUUUAUGAUACGAACCAAAAUUCUUUCUUUUCUUCUCUCUCAUUAAGGGUACACAUAUUUACUCGCAAAGAAAUUACUUUGAGUACUGGCUAUCUCUUGAAACUCCACAAGUUGUGCAACUUACAAGAACCAAAACAAGCGUGUUAUUUUUGAUAUUUGCAUACUUUAAGGUACACAUUCUACAGAAGUUAAGACUUGGGUGUCAAAUUCUUUGUAUGUGGGAUCGUAAUUGUGUUUUUUUGCUUUAUCUAUGUCUGGUGUUUCUGACUUGAUAACUAGAAUUAAUUACCUUUGGAGAAUCUUGUUUUGGCCCAUUGUUUUUGUUUUUUUAGCUUUGUUUCAGUAGCUUACUGGGCAAUGAUCAAAAUUCUUGCUCGAAUCUUGAGGAUUCUUUCUUUGGCUUUUUGCUGUUUCUUAUCUUCUUCCUCAAUUCAGCAUUCCUCUAAUUUGAAGAAGAUAGCAUCAAAAAUUGACUUUCACUUGUUUUACUCUUUUAUUCCUCUACUUCCGAAUGUUUGAAUCUUUAGUGGUGUUAGGUUCAGUAAAGUGAUUCUUGAAAAGGGGUCUUUGUUUGUUGGAUGAGUUUGUUCCAUGUAAUUGGGUUUGGUUUGAAAUUGGGGAACUUACUGUUGACUCUAUGUUGGUGGUUAGUGUCUUUGAUGUCCAUGAAUUGGUUAAAUAAUGGUGAAGUUAUGAGUAGCAAGACUUUGCUUGGUGAUGGGGAGCAGAUAUUGAUGAAAUUGUGGGAAGGUAUAGCAGAGGUGAGUGGUAAGAUUUACCAUUGUUACCCUCAGUAUGUCGUAGGAAAGAAGUGGUGGAGGAAGCUUUUGAUAGCAUGGGUAUUAUUUUGGAUAGUUGUAUCUUUUUCAGUAUUCUGGUACAUGAGCACUCAAGCUUUUGACAAGAGAAAAGAAACACUUGCAAGUAUGUGUGAUGAGAGGGCUCGGAUGUUACAGGAUCAGUUCAAUGUUAGCAUGAAUCAUGUGCAGGCCAUGUCCAUUCUCAUUUCUACUUUCCACCAUGCCAGGAACCCUUCUGCUAUUGAUCAGGGUACUUUUGCAAGAUAUACAGAAAGAACAGCGUUCGAGAGGCCUCUUACAAGUGGGGUAGCAUAUGCAGUAAGAGUGAUCCACUCAGAAAGAAAAGAGUUUGAGAAGCAACAAGGUUGGAGUAUUAGGAGAAUGGAUACACUUGAACAAACUCCAGUUCACAAAGAUGACGAGUAUGAUAGAGAUGGCCUGGAGCCAUCACCAGUUCAGGCGGAAUAUGCCCCUGUUAUUUUUGCACAGGAUACUAUUGCACAUGUAAUUUCUGUUGAUAUGCUCUCUGGAGAGGAAGAUCGCGAGAAUGUUUUACGUGCGAGGGAAUCAGGAAAGGGUGUUCUCACGGCUCCCUUCAGGCUACUUAAAACAAAUCGCCUUGGAGUGAUAAAGACAUUUGCAGUUUACAAAACUGAUCUUCCUUCUAAUGCAACUCCAAAUGAAAGGAUCCAAGCAACUGACGGGUAUCUUGGUGGAGUCCUUGACAUUGAGUCACUUGUAGAGAAGCUUCUUCAGCAGCUUGCAAGCAAGCAAACUAUCCUUGUAAAUGUGUAUGAUACAACUAAUAUCUCCCACCCUAUUAGCAUGUAUGGUUCGAAUGUGUCAAGUGAUGGUGUGAAGCAUGUCAGUGCCCUCAACUUUGGCGAUCCAUUUCGAAGGCAUGAGAUGCGUUGCAGAUUCAAACAGAAACCACCAUGGCCUUGGCUAGGCAUCACAACUGCAACAGGAAUCCUUGUAAUUGCAUUGCUUAUUGGGCAAAUCUUUCAUGCAACAAUAAAUAGAAUAGCCAAAGUUGAGGAUGAUUAUCAUGAGAUGAUGGUGCUGAAAAAGCGUGCUGAAGCUGCUGACGUUGCAAAAUCACAGUUUCUCGCUACUGUUUCCCACGAGAUCAGGACCCCCAUGAAUGGUGUUCUUGGCAUGCUUCAUAUGCUUAUGGACACCAAUCUAGAUGUGACACAACAAGAUUAUGUCAGUACAGCUCAGGCCAGUGGUAAAGCUUUAGUUUCACUAAUAAAUGAGGUUUUGGACCAAGCAAAGAUAGAAUCUGGUAAGCUUGAGCUUGAGGCAGUCUGUUUUGAUGUGAGAGCUACUCUGGAUGAGGUUCUCUCGCUCUUUUCGGGGAAAUCUCAAGAAAAAGGAGUUGAGUUGGCAGUUUACAUCUCUGAUAAGGUUCCCGAUGUGCUCAUUGGUGACCCUGGACGGUUUCGUCAGAUUAUCACAAACUUGAUGGGAAACUCUAUCAAAUUCACUGAGAAAGGUCAUAUAUUUGUGAUGGUCCAUCUUGUCGAGGAAGUGAUUGAGUCAUCUGAGGAGUUCAAGAUGGAAUCGUCGUUAAAGUGCACUUUGAGUGGAUUGCAUGUAGCCGAUAAACGACAGAGCUGGAGAAGUUUUGUAGCUUUCAAUCAAGAAGGAUCUGCUUCUUUCACAUCUUCCUCACUGGGUCAGAUCAAUCUGAUAGUUUCAGUAGAAGACACUGGUGUAGGAAUUCCUUUAGAAGCUCAAUCUCGUAUAUUCACCCCCUUCAUGCAGGUUGGUCCUUCUAUUGCUCGCAUCCAUGGGGGAACAGGUAUUGGACUUAGCAUAAGCAAAUGUUUGGUUCAACUUAUGAAGGGUGAAAUUGGAUUUGUAAGUUUGCCAAAAAUUGGAUCCACCUUUACUUUUACUGCUGUUUUCACCAAUGGCCGCUGUAAUUGGAAUGAGCAGAAGAGCCAACAAAUCAACAAUCCGUCAAACUCUGUUUCUUCAGAAUUCCAUGGCAUGAGAGCCUUAAUUGUUGACCCAAGAACUGUCCGUGCUAGGGUCUCACAGUAUCACAUGAAACGACUUGGAGUUCAUUCUGAAGUGGUUUCAGAUUUGAAUCACGGUUUGUCUUACUUAAGAACUGACAACAGGGUCACAAAUAUGAUCCUCAUUGAACAGGAGAUCUGGGAUACUGAUUUGGGAAUGUCAAGUCUCUUUGUCAAAAACUUAAGAGAUAUCGAUGCUAAUGUCCCUCCUAAACUAUUUAUAUUAGCUAACUCUAUAAAUUCUAGCCGAGUUGGUGUAGCCAAUGGUUUUUCUACUCCAUUUGUCAUCAUGAAGCCACUAAGGGUGAGUAUGCUUGCUGCAUCGCUCCAACGUGCCAUGGGUGUUGGUAACAAAGGGAAUUGCACGAAUGGAGAGCUCUCCGGUUCUUCUCUUUCCAAGCUCCUUCAAGGGAGAAAAAUUUUGGUUGUGGAUGACAAUAAUGUGAACCUUAGAGUAGCUGCUGCUGCGCUGAAGAAGUAUGGUGCUGAUGUUGUCUGCACAGACAGUGGAAAAAAGUCAAUCACUUUCUUAAAACCACCUCAUCAGUUUGAUGCAUGUUUCAUGGAUAUUCAGAUGCCAGAAAUGGAUGGGUUUGCAGCUACAAAGAGAAUCCGCGACAUGGAAUCUGACAUCAAUAGCCGUAUCCAACUUGGACAACUUCCUGUUGAAGCUUAUGGAAAUGCUUCAAGCUGGAAAGUGCCCAUUUUGGCCAUGACUGCUGACGUGAUUCAAGCUACAAAUGAACAGUGUCAGAAAUGUGGAAUGGAUGGUUAUGUGUCGAAGCCAUUUGAGGCUGAGCAACUUUAUCAAGAAGUGUCACGCUUUUUUCACGUCAAACCAAAUCAGAAUAGCUGAAGAGUAUUCGUGGUGAAUUCUUGUGAUUGCCGUCUAGUGGAAACGCCAUUUUCUUCAUGGUGCCCAAACUUGAUUACUACUGCAAGUUAGGAGUGCGAAUCUCCGAAACUUAACAGACAAUGUACAUAAAACUUCAAGGAUUGCUUUUGGAUUCUUUGUUGGGGUCUGAUCUGACAUCUUACAAGCUUGAGGAGCAGAGGACUUGGAUGUAACCACUUGAACUUCUGCUUCUCUCAUCAAGAAAAAACCUUUCUUAAAGAGUUCUCAAUCCUUUUGAUGGCUAGUCUCUUGAGGAAUGGAUGAUGCUUGUACCACAGAGAGUGAUCUAGUUGAUAUAGGAACAAACAUUGUUUGUCAACAGAAAUACGUUUCAUGUGUAUAUUCUCAAAUCCUAUAUGGCAUAUAGGAAAGUAGUCAUUAGGUAAAAAGUUAGUUCAGUCAUAGUUGGCAUAAACAUAGGGACAGCAAACAGCUGAAUUGCUUCUUUUGCCUUGGUGUAUAGUACAAAGAACCAUGUUUGAUGUAGGACAUUUCGAUGUCAAGUAUAAAGUAAGCAUCCAAAUGUUGCUUCUGCAGAUGCACAAUUCCUGCAUAA